AUGGCGACUCCGCGCAUCGCAUUUGAGGGUUGCGGCCAUGGUAGCCUUCAUGAGAUCUAUGAACGGGUCCAGCAAAAGGCCCAGGACAAGAAAUGGGAAACUGUUGACCUGGUCAUUAUCGGCGGAGACUUUCAGGCCCUGCGCAACUCGAACGAUGCGACUUGCCUCUCUGUGCCAGCCAAGUACAAGCAGAUUGGCGAUUUCCAGGAGUACUACAGUGGCCAGCGCGUUGCUCCCUUCCUUACCAUCUUCAUCGGUGGCAAUCACGAGGCAGGCAACUACCUGCUAGAGCUGUAUUACGGUGGUUGGGUCGCUCCCAACAUUUACUUUCUCGGCGCGGCCAACACUAUCCGGUUUGGCCCCCUGCGCAUCUCUGGGAUGUCCGGUAUCUGGAAGGGGUACGACUAUCGCAAGCCUCACUUCGAACGACUGCCCAUGAACAGCUCGGAUGUCCAGUCUAUCUAUCAUGUACGCGAACUCGACGUCCGCAAGCUCCUCCAGAUCCGCAGUCAAGUUGAUAUUGGCUUAUCCCACGAUUGGCCCCGUGCCAUUGAAAAGCACGGUGACUUCCGUCGUCUCUUCCGCCAGAAGCGUGGGUUUGAGGAAGAUUCGGCAAAGGGAACACUUGGCAACCAAGCUGCUCGUGAGGUCUUUGAUUACCUCCGUCCGUCGUUUUGGUUCUCGGCGCACCUUCAUGUGCGUUUCACCGCCGAGGUCCAGCACUCACAAACUGCUUUCGGCCCUGCUAAAACUGGUUCCCACAACACCCUUGUUCCCGCUGAUGGUGCUCAAGAUGACCAGAAGAACACAAAGCAUGAAGUUGACCCAUCAAGGAGUCCCCGAGGUUUGUUUGACAAUGGGGAGAUUCGAAUGGCUACCGGAACCGAGGCCGAGCGUCUUGCUGCCUGGAACAACUUUUACAAUGUGGCUCAGAGGGACGAAGCACGCGAUGCCAAGGAGUUCAUGCGUCGAUUCAAGGAACAACAGGACUCGGGCUAUGUGCCUCCGAGGGUAAUCACUGAGACUUCCGUCAUCAAGGGAGUAAAGCGAACCAUUGUGCGCGGCCCCGACGGACAGGAGACUACUCGCCCCGAUGACAACCACAGCAAAGUCGAGAACACCGACAAGGUCAGUUUGGACAGCAGCCCUGAAAGUACCUCCGGCACCCAAUCCCGCCCCGAGCCCGUGACGCCGUCCAAGGCAAAGACUGUUGUCAAUGAGGGAAGCGCAAACGUCGACAACGACGACAAGAUCAGCUUGGGCAGCAGCCCAGCGAGCACGAGCAGCGCCCGUCCUGUCUCGCACAACACCCAGCCCUCGAACAAGGUGGUAUCCGCCCGAUAUGGUUUUGAUGGUGCAGUGGAUAACAACGAAUCUGGCUCCGAUGAUGACCUCCUUGGGACUCUGGCUACAAAGCUCCCAGGUAGCCUGGAUGCUCCACCCCCAAAGCCGCAGAAGGAACUCCCCGCUGAAAUCAAAAAUACUACAACCAAGUUCCUUGCUUUGGAUAAGCCCCUGCCCCGAGAUGAAUUUAUUGAACUCCUUGAAAUCGAACCGAUCUCCGAGGAACCUAGUCACCAGAUCGAGCGCCCUUUCCGUCUGCAAUACGACCCCGAAUGGCUCGCCAUCACCCGUGUCUUCGCAAACGAACUUGAACUCGGCAACCCAUCUGCCCACGUUCCUGUACACAAAGGAGAUGACCACUACAAGCACCGCAUCGCGGAGGAGCGUGCCUGGAUCGAUGAGCAUGUCGUCAAGGCUGACCGCCUUGAUGUCCCCUACAACUUUGUUCAGACUGCUCCCCCUUAUGACCCAUUGGUACAUAUCACCACCGACGAGCAGCCUCCUGAGUACACCAACCCCCAGACUACUUACUUCUGCGACUUGAUCGGCAUCGAGAACAAGUUCGAUGUUUCUGAUGAAGAACGUCAGGCUCGUUCUCUUGCUGGUCCCCGUCCUGAUACUUACCGUGGCCGUGGGAACUCCCAUGGUGGUCGACGCGGUACUCACCGUGGUGGUCGUGGCCGCGGCUGGGGCCAUCAGUAUAGCGGAAACCGAGGACGUGGUGGCCGUGGUGGACGUGCUGGCGACGGUGAUCGUGGAUCCGGAUGGUAG